CGAAAUUCUUUUUUCUCUGCCCUCUUCCGAUCCUUGAUUUUCAUACAGUCGUAUUCAAAUUGACCUUUCGAUCCCUAUCGUGUCCCGGUCCUUCCCUUUCCCCCAUUUUAUUGUCCCCCCCAAUCCAUCCACCUUUUCGCCUUCUCCAUCAUCCCGGUUUUUUUUAAGCCGUCUCUCCACACAAGUCUUCACAAGGUCUUAAACAUCAACUCUCAUUUGCACGAUCGAUCGCGUUCAUCAAGAUGGCCGAUCAACUACAAUCCGUUGCACAACCAACUUUGAGCUCUUCGAAUGAGCUCACCUCCCCUGACUCACAUCCUUCCAAUCCCCCCGUACCGGACGUGGCUGCUUCCACACCCACCGAGAUGGUACGAAGCGUAGAGACUAAUGUGGUCGCAGAUCGUGAUGGAUCCAAAACGAAUCAGGCAUCGAUGCAACCCACCUCGUGCGCUGAAAUGACCUCACCCUCAUCGCGCCCGUGCGGCCCUCCUCUAAGUCCCAAAGCUGGCACUGCCGGGGCUGAUUCGGCCGAUUGCGAGCCGGUUCUUUCGCCCAUCUCUCCUGUCGAAUCUGAACAGCAACCGCGGCUCUUAAAUUCCCAGCCGAUCUCGCUGUCGUCCGUGCCACAAUCAAUACCCAAAACUGCACCUCCGUUGUCCCCUGCCGAU